AUGGAAGUAGGCGCGCAGGGCGUGGUUGGCGUUGGCGUGCAGGUCAUCGCCUUCCCGCGCUGUCAGACCCACUUUGGCGUGCAGGGCACUGCCGUGCUCUCGUCCGUCGUCCUGGCGCUCGGCUACAUCCUCUCUUGCUCGAUCGUCUCGCCCGCCCUCGCGGAGCGCGCAGGCAGCAGCAAUUUGGGCCAGGUCUGUGUGGCCCAACUCGGCGUCCCGAUUCGGUUCAAGUUGUCAAAGAUUGCCCGCUGGCAGGUGGUCUCGCUCGGCGCCGUCUGCAUGGGAGUCGGCCGCGUUAUCGGGCCGAUUCUGCUCGGAGGCCUGUUUGAGCUGUCGCCGGACCUCCCAUACUUCGUCGCGGGCAUCCUCGCCACCGUCGCGGGCGCAGCCGGCUCGCCCACCUCCUAA